AUGAACCAGUUAAUCUUACUAAUGAGUUUUCAUCUGCUUGGAUCUGUUAGAGGAGCACCAGAUCAGCCUGAUGAGCCCCUGGGCUCAAUGGAUCAUCAAGCUCCAGUUCAGCAACUUUCAAGUGAAUACUUUUCACUUGCAAACCCUUCAGAUGUUGAUGCUUUAUAUGAUACUUCUUCAGGUGAGACUGUUUUAAGUGAGCAUGGUUCCAGCGAGCAUAGUGAAGGGGAGCACACUUCUGGUGAACAUGCUGAGAGCGAGCAUGCAAGUGAACAUGUAAACGAGCACACUUCAGGUGAACAGCCUUCAGGUGAAAUGUCAUCAGGUGAACCUGCUUCCAGUGAACAGCCUUCAGGUGAACAGCCUUCAGGUGAACACACUUCAAGUGAACAGCCUUCAGGAGAACAACCUGCAGGAGAACAACCUGUAGGAGAACAGCCUUCGGGAGAGCAGCCUUCGGGAGAACAGCCUUCGGGAGAGCAGCCUUCGGGAGAACAGCCUUCGGGAGAACAGCCUUCGGGAGAGCAGACUUCGGGAGAGCAGCCUUCAGGAGAACAUGGUUCAGGUGAACAGCUUUCAAGUACACCAUUUGCAAGCACAUCUCCAGGCACAAUGUUAAGUUGCUACACAUGCGCUUAUAUGACUGAGCAAGGAAAAUGCCUUCGUGGUGAAGGAGUCUGCACCACUCAGAAUUCCCAGCAGUGCAUGCUAAAGAAGAUCUUUGAAGGUGGAAAACUCCAAUUCAUGGUUCAAGGGUGUGAGAACAUGUGCCCAUCUAUGAACCUUUUCUCUCAUGGAACGAGGAUGCAAAUUAUAUGCUGUCGGAAUCAACCUUUCUGCAACAAGAUCUAG